CUGCUGCUGCUCAGGUGUUUUUGCUUUAUUUAUCUCUGAUCAAUGAGAAUGAACAUCGACCAGCUAAAUGACGACUGCCUGUGCAUUAUAUUGGAGUACUUGACAUUGCCAGACCAAAUCGCAAUGGCCCGGAGCUCGUUGCGGUAUGAGGAGCUUCUCACCGAAAUUGUGUGGCGCAAGCCGCGUUACCGUGAGGUAUCCAUAUCGGAUGAUAUGCUGGCGCCACUGAACAAGGAGGAUUAUAUGUACUUUUUCAAGCUGAUCAGCACAUACAUGGAGAAGCUGUACAUCUGGAAUGUGCAUGACAAGGCGUUCGAUUCGUAUCUGGGCCGGCAUUUGAUGCGUCCCGAACUGGUCUUCUAUCUGGACCUUAACCUGAACAAUCUGCGCGAGCUAUGCGUCACCGAUAAUUACAUAAACAACAGCAUGAUACAGAUCGUAACAAAAAGAUGUCCACACCUGCACAGCCUGAGCGUGUCCAGCGCCUAUAUAACGGGCAAGUUUAUGGUUGACCUGCCAAAUCUGCAGACGCUUGUGGCGCGGGAGUGCUCCAUCGAGGCUGAGCACCUGGCCGAGCUGCUGGCACAGCUGCAGCUGACCACACUUGACCUCACAUCCAAUCGAUACAAUUUGGAGCAAACCAUACUGGAAGCGCCCGCCGCUGGCCUCUUACGUUUGCAGCGUUUGGGCAUCUCCGAUGCACAGGACUGUGGCUUUCGCAUCGCUGAGCAGCUGCCACAGCUAAAGGAGCUGGUCGUCAGCUAUCAUGGCGUUAUGGCGCAGGACUUGCAUGAUAUGCUGGAGACAACGCGGCAAUUAGUUGAGUCCUCGGAUACGAAAUUCCCAAAGCGCCUGCAAUCGAUUAUGUGCAAUGUGGUCGAUGUGGAAGUGGCCCUCGAGCAGAUAACUGGCCUGGAGACGCGCUGUCCACGCGAAUCUCCCAAAUUCUGUAAGAUUUUAAAGAUAAUUUACAAAUGCAAAUAGGCCAUCAAAUGUUGCUACUCGUUAGCUAUUUUUAGAGCAAUGCAUUUGGCAUUCUAAUAUUGGCAUGAAGUGCAUAUACAUAUAUGUAUGUACAGUGAAAGCUCGCUUAGGCGAAUAUCUAAGGUUAAAGUUUUCUGCCCUCUGAUGUGAUUACAUAACGUAAAAAGUAAAAAGACAACAGAACAUACACUCAAAUUUUACCAAAUUUUUACCAAAGUUCUUUAUGACAAAUAAAAGACAACGUAUAAAACAAUUUCUUUGGUCAACAAAAACAGCGAAUCGCUUGAUUCAAGAUAUCUUGUUGCCAUCUCAUAUCCAGAUUUGUUUCAUGUCCGCUAAUUACAUGUCUUACCAAAGAAAUUAUAAACGCUAAAUUCAUCCUACAUUGAAAUGCGGUGCUGUGAGUGGCUUAUCGCUCUCCAAAAGCCACACGAACGCAUGCCGAAUGCAUCUUUUUGUUACUUACACGAGCAGCACAGGGCCAGUCGAGAGACUGCCUCUGGCAAAGCUGUUCGGUUCUCUGGAGCACUCGUUAUAUGUGUGCUUUAUAUGGUUAUGGUAUAUAUAUAUUGUCUUCGAUAAACAAUUGCUUAAUUGUAAAGGCACAUUUUAAAAUAAAACCAUUUUAUGCCGUAGGUUUCACUAUUCUUCUUGCAC